AUGUCCGAGCCGGAGCACCUGGGCGGGAAGCGGGCCGAGUCGGCGCGGCUGCGGCGGGCCGAGCAGCUGCGGCGCUGGAAGGGCUCCCUGACCGAGCAGGAGCCGGUGGCGCCGGGGGGCGGCCGUGGCCGGCACCGCGGCGCGGGGGGGUCCCGCGUCCGCUUCGAGGAGGGCGCCGUGUUCCUGGCCGCCUGCUCCAGCGGCGACACCGAGGAGGUGAAGAGGCUGCUGGGCCGCGGCGCCCGCAUCAACACCACCAAUGUGGACGGGCUGACAGCCCUGCACCAGGCCUGUAUUGAUGAGAACCUGGACAUGGUGAAGUUCCUGGUGGAAAAUGGAGCCAAUGUGAACCAGCAAGACAACGAGGGCUGGACCCCUCUUCACGCAGUGGCAUCGUGUGGCUACCUGAACAUAGCCGAGUACCUGAUCAGCCACGGGGCCAACGUGGCUGCUGUGAACAGCGAGGGGGAGGUCCCGUCCGACAUCGCGGAGGAGGCGGCCAUGAAGGACCUGCUCCUGGAGCAAGUCAAGAAACAAGGUGUGGACCUGGAGCUGUGCAGGAAGGAGGAGGAGCAGCAGAUGCUGCAGGACGCCCGGCAGUGGCUGAACAGCGGCAGGAUCGAGGAUGUGAAGCAGCCCCGGACAGGAGCCACAGCUCUGCAUGUUGCUGCAGCCAAGGGGUAUUCUGAAGUCAUGAGGCUCCUGAUCCAGGCUGGGUUUAAUCUGAACGUCCAGGACAAUGAUGGCUGGACCCCACUCCACGCUGCUGCUCACUGGGGAGUGAAGGAAGCAUGUUCCAUCCUGGCUGAGGCUCUGUGUGACAUGGACAUCAGGAACAAGCUGGGCCAGACACCCUUUGACGUUGCUGAUGAGGGACUUGUGGAGCAUUUAGAAAUGUUGCAGAAGAAACAGACUGUGCUGCGAAGUGAGAAGGAGACAAGGAAUAAGCUGAUUGAAGCUGACAUGAAUGGCAAGCCUCAAAACAGACUCUUCACCAACAAAGAGAAGAUUCUUUAUGAGGAAGACACGUUGAAGUCCAUGGAAACUGAGGAGGAGAACAAGGACUCAAGCAGUUCUAGUUCUGAAGAGGAAGAAGCUGAAGAUGAAGUUUCAGAGUCAGAUGCUGAAAAGGAGUCAGAGAGGAAGGAAGAGCCCUUUGCCAACCACUCGAACCGGGAAUCCAGGCCCAGCAUCCCUGAGCCAGCACCUGAGCCCAACUCCUUCACUGCAUCUGCCAGAAGAUUCAGUUGGCUCAGCAAGUCAGACGAGCAGAAGGACGAGUCGCCUUCGUCGUGGCGGCUGGGCCUGAGGAAGACUGGCAGCCACAACAUGCUGAGUGAGGUCUCUGCCACUCGUGAGGCACAGAGGGAUAAAACUUCUUCCAUCUAUCGCUCCUCGUCCAGCCCUCGCAUUUCUGCACUCUUGGACAACAAGGAAAAGGACAGAGACAACAAGAGUUAUCUUGCCACCAUAGUCCCCAGAAGACUGAGCAGUACGAGUGAUACAGAAGAAAAAGAAAACAGGGAAUCUGCUGUGAACCUGGUGAGGAGUGGCUCCUACACCCGACAGCCCUGGAGGGACGAGCCAAAGGGAAACGAAGCUCCCCACUCUGGGGCACCCACUACCUACGUAUCCACCUACUUGAAAAGUGCUUCCUUUGGUAGAAGUAGUGACCUGAGCGGUCCCUACAUUUCAGCCAGUCCAUCUCUAGCUACCUCACCCAGUGCCAUUGGCUCAUCUACCUCCCUGGGCACCCCGUGGCAUCCUGUCUCUUGCUGCCCCACCUCUCUCGGUGUGAACACUCCUGCUCCAGCCCUCCACAGCACCAGAGCCCCUUUCAGGCAACAAAGUGAUUCUGCUGUAGAGAAAAACACAGAGGGCAGCAGUGGCAGCACCCCUCUAGGUGUAAUCACAAACCAUGCUGUGCUCGGCGCUGCCAACGGCGCCGCGAAUGCCGGGGCUGCCUGCCCGGGGAAGGACCUCUCGGCUGAGGAGGCCAGGGAGCGCAGAAGGUCAUAUCUGACUCCAGUGCGGGAUGAGGAAGCAGAGUCACUGAGGAAGGCACGAUCCAGACAGGCCCGGCAGACUCGCAGGUCUACCCAGGGAGUGACCCUGACGGACCUGCAGGAGGCCGAGUGCACGUUCAGCCGCUCGCGCGCAGAGCGCCAGGCGCAGGAACCGCCGAGCGACAGAGCCGAGGACAGCGGGGACAGAGCUGCGCGCUGGGCACGGAGCGCGGACGACGAGACCAUCUAUCGGCGGCUGAGGGGCCCAGCACAGCCUGAUAAACCCACAACGCCCGUGUCUCCUUCCACAGCAGCACCUCUGCUCUAUACCAGCUCAUACCUGACUCGAACAAAUAAAUACCUAGGGCUGGACUCUGUGAAUCCAGCAGAUUUCAGAGCAUCAGGCACAGAGAUGGAGAAAAAUGAGUGUGAAGAUCAGGAUUCAGACGACAGAUCCCUGAACAAACAGUCGAUCCGAGAGCGGCGACGGCCAAAGGAGAGACGGAGAGGCACCGGCAUCAUCUUCUCCACACAAGAUGAUGAAGAUGAAGUUGAUGGAAACGAGGAAGUGAAGGAAACUCGGCAUGAAAGACUUUCCAGGUUGGAGGCAGCUACGAACCCCAGCACGAGCGACUCGUCGUACGGCGAGCGCGCCUCCGGCCGCUCCAGCGCCUACAGCCGCAGGGAGAACCGGCUCGCCGCGCUCAGCAGCCGCGCCGAGGAGGAGAGCAACAGGGACUACAAGAAAUUAUACGAGAGUGCCCUGUCUGAAAAUCAAAAGCUGAAGUCAAAGCUGCAAGAAGCCCAGCUUGAGCUGGCUGAUAUCAAAGCAAAGUUGGAAAAAGCAGCCCAGCAGAAACAGGAGAAAACUUCUGACCGGUCCAGCAUGCUGGAGAUGGAGAAGAGGGAGAAGCGAGCCCUGGAGCGGAAACUCUCUGAAAUGGAGGAGGAAAUGAAGAAUCUCCACCAGCUCAAACAGAUUCACACUCUGAGGCAGAUGAAUGAGCAGCUGCUGGCUGAGAACAGGGCUCUGACCCGGGUUGUAGCCAGACUCUCUCUGCCCUCCAAGCCCAAGGAAUCAGAGGAGCUGUAGCUGCUUUCCCUCGGGCUCAUCUUGCCUCCUCUUCCUCUCCUCCAGGCAGAUUUUGACAGAGCUGAAGUCGGACAACCAAAGGCUGAAGGAUGAGAACGGAGCCCUCAUUCGAGUCAUCAGCAAACUCUCCAAAUAGGAAUCAGAGCAAAGGGAGGACAAGGAGGGGUGUCCUACACCAGCUGCCAACCCCACCACCCAGCCCUAGCCCUUCCUUCCCGUCAGUACAGCAAGUGUUUCAGCUGUGGGAUCAAUGUCACACCUGCCUUGCCCUGCCCUUUGCUGUACAUUCCCUUUCUAGCCCUAUUUCCCCCCAACACACCCCCUGCCAUUUUAUUUUUUUUUUAAUUGAUGCAUGUUGUGGUAUCUCGGACAUUUUACUCAAGGGAGAAACGUGAGGACUGGGUUUGAGCUGCCAAAACUUCUUCCAAAAGCUCAGUUUGGUUUUGGACUCUGACCUGGAGUGGGAAGCUCCUACUGUAAAAAGUGACAUCUGAAGAACUAACCCAGCAUGUCCAAGCCCUUUACAGGUGGGAAAUGUGAACCUGGGCUGGGACUCUGAGGAUGCACAUCAGCCCACAGAGAUGUGGGACUCUGGUUAAAUGUGAUGCUGUGAAAGCCACCAGAGCACAUGUUUGUCACAGGCUGAUGAGCUGUUUUGCACAGACACCUUCUCCUCUUGCCCCAGCAGACUGAGUCUUUUAUUUUAGAUAAGACUUUGAACCUGUUCAGUACCAUCAGUGCUGUGCUGAUGCUCAGUGUCAGACCCUUGUCCCUCAGCCUCCCUUUCCCCCCAGCCUGGGUGAUCCUGUGUCACUUUGUGUCCUUCCAGGGCUCCUGUCUCUGUGGUUGGCAGCAUCCAGUUGCCACCUGGACUCUUGUUCCUUGGGACAGGAUAUAUCCCAGGCACUUGCUGAGCUUUCUGAAGGACAAACUUGAACCCCUACAGACCCUCUGCUGCUCUCACCUGUGUGUGAGCCUGAAUCACCUUGCAGGGAGCUGUGCCCAUGCCAGAAACCAGGCUCCCCUUCCCAAAAGCCAUCUGGGACCUUCUCCCGCUGCCUCCCUGAAGGCAGAGCCCAUAGCAGAGCCUGGUCUGGUAUUUCAGGUACCCUCCCUUUGAUUUGCAGCAGGAUUUAUAGACAGAGAGUACCAGCAUCCUGUCCCACACACCUUGGAGAGGCCAGGGUGUGUCGGUGUCAGAGGGACAGGGAGCUGCUGGUAACUGAAUCAUGGUAAAUUAAAGUCUUCUGACCUGUCAGAAAUUUGUGAUAAGCUUAGACCUUGAAGGAAUCCCCCAGAAUUAUUCCUCUUUAAUGUUACAUGCACUCUAAACAGUUUGGAAUUGUUCUCUCCCAUGGGCAUUCAGACAUUGGCUCCUCUCUCCAUGCUGUGGGACGUCAGCAGUUCUGUCAGCUUCCCUUUAACAGACUCCUCUCCAACAGAACCUUCCCUCCCAGAGAUGUCCUGCUGUAUCCAAAAAUUCUCCCACCUACAUCCUUCCAUAUUUUCAUCCUUUCAUCCCCUUUGUCCUUCAACUCCCCAGGCUCUCUCUGGCCAAGGGCAGCAGUUCUUGGUCCCUGAACCUGGGGGUGGCCGUGGGGCAGCUCUGCCACGUUCCUGAGCAGCUCUGGCUGGGGGGACUCUCCACUACCAGAGAGAUGAGAUACUUGAACAUGAGCACAAUACUUGAGCUUGCUCAGCAGGGUAAAACUUCUCUGUCAGGCAAUCCUGGGCUUUUUCAAACCUUUUGCUGGUUAUUGCCUCAGAAAGCAUCUCUGUUUUCCUCUCUCUGGGGUUUUCUCUCUUUUUCACCCCCCUAAUUCUCCAUUUUCCCCCCUUCCCCUCCCUGUCCUGCCUGUUUCCACCUCUCUUGCUCUUCCUGGAGCUGCCAGUUCUCCCCAGGCAGCUCUGACCACAAGUUGCUCUUCAGCUGGUGGAGCCAUUGUGCAGCUGAGGCACCGUUUCUCCUGGUACACUGAGGCCCUGCCUCUGCUGCUGAGCUUUGGGAGGAAGAGACCAAAGCUGGUAAAGGCAUCAGGGUUUCUGCAGAGCACUGCCUAAGCCAGGCAUCCUUUUUAUAUUCCUUGAUUUUAACCCUGCUCUAUUUAAUGGCUUUAAGUCUUGAGAUCCAGUCAGUGCUUGCCCUGCACGCCGUCCCCUCCUGGUGCACUCUUUCUGUGAGUCCUUCUGCUGUUCUUGGUGUUUUCUCUCUUGGUGACCACUCCUCACUUCAACCUCAGGCUCUGCUCUGCUCAGGGCUCAGGAGCUCUGUCCCUUCUGUGCUCAGGGGUCAGGAGCCCUGUCCCUUGUGUGCCCAAGGAUCAGGAGCUCUGUUCUUCUGUGCCCAAGGAUCAGGAGCUCUGUCCCCUCUGUGCUGAGGAUCAGGAGCCCUGUCCCUUCUGUGCUGAGGAUCAGGAGCUCUGUCCCCUCUGUGCUGAGGAUCAGGAGCCCUGUCCCCUCUGUGCCCAAGGAUCAGGAGCCCUGUCCCCUCUGUGCCCAAGGAUCAGGAGCUCUGUUCCUCUGUGCCCAAGGAUCAGGAGCUCUGUCCCUUGUGUGCCCAAGGAUCAGGAGCUCUGUCCCCUCUGGGCUCAAGGAUCAGGAGCUCUGUUCCUCUGUGCCCAAGGAUCAGGAGCCCUGUCCCCUCUGUGCCCAAGGAUCAGGAGCUCUGUCCCCUGUGUGCCCAAGGAUCAGGAGCUCUGUCCCCUCUGUGCCCAAGGAUCAGGAGCUCUGUCCCUUGUGUGCCCAUGCAGCAGGAGGUGCUCCCCAGCUGGGCUGGAGCCUCAGGCCGUGCAUCCUGGCAGGAUGAGGAGGAGAGUUCAGAAUCAAGAUCCUGUCCUUCUCACAGGUUCCUGGCAGCAGGAAGAAGCCUGGUGUCUGUUUCAGGGAGAGGGUUCAACCCAAUCUGACAAAUCCAUCCUGCACUGAUGUUUUGCCCCUUCUUCCAGGACACUCGCUGCCUUUUUCCCAAGGGGCAGAGUGGAAAGGCUGUGGGGGCUCGUUCUGAGUGGCACCUUGCAAAGCCAAACCACUGCAGCUGCAGUGGCUGCUGAGCACUGGAUUCUCUGAGCCCUGGGCCCCUCAGCUCAGUGGCCCUGAUCAGCCAAAGCUGUGAGCGUCCCGUGCUGACGGCGCAACUGCAAAUCAUAUUCUUGAGAAUGGAUUUUCUUUGUCUCACUUCAUGCCUGACAUAACCAGUGCACUGAGGAGGUGACAAACAGGACACCUCAAACCCUGUGCUUGGCACAAGGUGCAGAGCAAAUAGGUUUUUAAAAUUGAUCCCUCUUGGAACCAGAGCAUUUGCCAGACGUGGUCUCCCUCGGGGAACAUGAGCUUUUUUUUCUAAGCAAUUGCUUGGGGUGAGUUAAUUUUUAUCGCUUGGGGUGAACCCACCUGUUGUGGCUGCAAGUUUGGUGAUGGCUCUUUGUAAAUAAAGUCCUUGGAGAAGCAGGACUGGCUGAUGAGAUGGGGAGAGAAUGUAUUUUUAUGCAACUUUUGAGUGGCCUUUCAAACCCUGAGAUGAAUGAUUUGUUUUACUGGUUGUUGUUAUAUAGUAUUAUAAGUAUUAUGUGUUUGAAAGUUUGGGAAUAAUAUUCACAGCUAUGAUGCUUGUAAACACAACAGUAUUUAUAAAUGAAUAAAGUAAGAGUUGAUAAAAUAGAA